AUGAGCCAGGAACAACCAAGAAGGCCAUACCAAGCACAGGACGCGGGCAUAAGGUCCGGUGAUGUGUUCCCGGUGGGCGGAGACUUGGCCGACCGGCCCGUCGCACCCAGGGACGCCGCCAUGAUGCAGUCUGCCGAGUCCAUGGUCUUCGGCCACACGCCGAAGGGCGGCGCGGCUGCCGUCAUGGAGUCGGCCGCCGCACGCAACGAGCAGCGCCGCGCCGUCGGCCACAGCCAGUCCAGCGAUAUCCCGCGUGACCAGGGGGUGACCGUCACCCAGACCGACAUCCCCGGGCAGCCCGGCUAUCGUCUCGUUACCGAGUACGUCGCCGGCCAGGCUGUGAGUCAGUAUGUGAUCAACGAGGGAGCUGGAUUGGGUGGUGGCGACGGCGGCGGAUAUAACUGGAGCGGCAGUCCUGAAGGCCAAGGAGGUGGAGGAAACCGGGGUGCCAGCGGCCAAGAGUCUGGUGCUGGAAACGCGGCAAUGUGGGGCGAUAAAGUAACGAUCGGGGAGGCACUAGAGGCGACCGCAAAGACAGCCGGUGACAAGCCGGUGGAACCAAGUGAUGCAGCUGCCAUCCAAGCGGCGGAGUCGGCCGCCACAGGGGUGAGUACCGUGCUGACGAAUGGUGUCGCCGCUGCGGCGCAGGCGGCAGUCAUCACCAACACCUGGGCCGACGGAGAAGAUGACGAGACUAAGCUCGGGGAUGAUGCAGCGGCGAGGAUGCCGGCGGAUAAGGAGGCGACCAGGCAGGACGCCGAGAGGGUGGUCGGAGCUGAGAUACGGGACAGCCCAAACCUGGAGAUGCGUCCCGGCGGAGUGGCCACGACAGUGGCGGCAGCAGCCCGGCUUAAUGAGCCUAAUCGCUGA